AUGGACAUAAGAGCACUAAAGCCACUAGCUAACAUUGUGGAAAUUUACCUGAAAGCCUUCAUGGAGGAUUUUGAGCUGGGUUGGGAAGCCCUGCAGAUAAGAAGAAAACCUUCGCAUCGCCUCCCCCCUCCCCCCCAGCCCCAGUCUAGCCUUCUCCCGCUUGACCUAGAGCCGUUCAUGACUGUGCUUUGGCUCCAGGCGGUCCGCCGGUUCUGGAGGUGUCAAAACGCUCUUCUAGUCCCAGUUCCUUUCACUGAGUCACGUGGCCCUAACACGAAGCCCUCUUCCAGCAAGGCUCCGCCGAGCGUGCCACGGGCCAGCCCAGGGUCAGAACUGCACGGGAAGCAUCCGAGGUUUCUGAGCUCUCCACGGGGAGAGGGCCCUGGAGGCUGGGACAAAACCGGGAAGUUCGCGGUCACUGAGCAGCGGCUGGAAGAGAACGUACCACCAGGACCGCGCAACCCAGAGUCUUGGCGAGAGCCGCCCCUGCCCCGCUGGAAGUCGGGGACCGCCUUCUCCGCCAGGCAGGAGGGAGAGAGGAAGGUGGCUGUGACAUUUGAUGAUGUGACUAUGUAUUUCACGGAGCAGGAGUGGAGGACCUUGGAGGAAUGGCAGAAGGAGCUUUACAAGCAUGUCAUGAAGACCAACUAUGAGAACUUGUUCUCACUGGGCUAUGCCAUUCCUAAACCAGACUUGAUAACCCUGAUUGAACAAGGGGAGGAGCCAUUCAUCAGAGACCAGGGACACCUGGACAUAAAAGAACCAGCCAAUGGUUCCAGGGCUGAUGAACAUCCUGACUUGAGCACACAGGGGCAGCUGUUUUCUGGCUGUGCCAUCCCCAGCCCAGACUCCAUAACCCAGACUGAACAAGGGGAAGAACCACCCAUCAGCAAUCAGGGGAACUUGGAAACGGGAGACUUUGCAGUCUGCUCCAGUAAGAAUGAGCAUCUUGACCUGAAGAGUACAGAGGUGCAGCUGUUUGGGGGGGAUUCUGGAUCUUUAAGACAACAGGAAAGCCAUGGAUGUGAGCUUCAAAACCAGAACUGGUCUGGGCCCUUACCAUUCCGCUGCAAUGUGUGCAGCAAGGGCUUCACCCACAAGUCUCAACUAGCCAAUCACAUUAGAGUUCAUAGGCCAAAAAAACACUUCCAGUGCACCGAGUGUGAAAAGAACUUUGCCCAAAAGUCCCGCCUGCUCAGGCACCAGCGCCUGCACACGGGGGAGAGGCCUUUCCAGUGCCCUGAGUGUGACAAGAGCUUCCACCAGAAGGGACAUCUGCUCAAGCACCUGGCCCUGCACAGAGGGGAGAAGCCCUUCCAGUGCCCCGAGUGUGACAAGAGCUUUCGAGUAAAAGGGGAUAUGAAGGUCCACCAGCGCCGGCAUAGGGAGGAAAAGCCAUUUUCCUGCGGUGAAUGUGGUAAGGGCUUCACCACGCAUCACUAUCUCACUGAUCACAUCAGAAUACACACAGGGGAGAGGCCCUUCCAGUGCCCAGAGUGUGGCAAGAGCUUUCGAAUGAAAUCAGACAUGAGAGUCCACCAGCGAAGACACAUCAAGGCCAGGUCAUUCUGCUGCAGUGAAUGCGAUAAGACAUUCCCUAAGCAGUCUGAACUCUCGGACCACAUCAAGGUACACACCAAGAAACAGAACUACAGGGCCCUGCUGUUCGGACUGAUGGACCUUGACUGGGGUUGAGGCAGAGCCAUAACAUGCAAGGUGUGAUUAUCAAAGUCAAAGAGCAUUGAUCCAGUGCAAAUUCUACUACAUCCUUGGUCAUUCACGACCUCAUGAGGCAGGCCAGCCCAUUCUGGCAUAGCUCUCAUUGUUGGGAAGUGUUUUCUUAGCUCUGACCACAUCAGGCUCUCUAUAACUUAGACUUCUUGGUCAUGGAUCUCUUCUUUGACCAAGCAGAGGGUUAGUACACACACUGUCCACAUCACAACUGUUCGGUGCAAUCUGGCCAAUAAAGUGAGGGAUGAAACUGGCCAAUACUGGGCUUUGCUUGUUUGCUUUUCAAAAAUAAGCUACAACCAAUAGCUCAUAAGCUGGCUCUAAAGAGGUUACCAAGAUGUUACAGAUACCAUCGAUCCAUUGCUGAAACUUCCUCUCAUUCUUUCAUUCCUCUCUAAAAGCCAAAGAAUUUCUUCCUGAAAGCCUGAGACCCGUCUUAUAAUAAACUUAAACAAGAAAUUGUCAGGCUGACAGGAAUGGAAAUCUUUCUCCUGCUAAUCCCAAGCCUAAAUAGAUGAGGCUGGGGGUCAUCUGGAGAACCCGAACACCCUGUAGAAUGUGGUUCUGAAUGAAUCCAACUGCUGCCGAGGCACUGGACGGUGGGGUGGUUUUCCCGCAGUGGUUUGUUACUGACAAUAAGUAGAAUAUCUCUGAAUCUGGACAGAUCUUUCAGGGUGAAGAUCCAGCUGCUCUGUGUAACAUCUGCCCCAAUCUGAGGCAAUCUAUACUAGAUAGACAUUGAGGGAAUGUGUGAUCGAAAUAGAAAAAGUGGUGUUGCUCUCAUUCUGAGAGAGUCCUCAUGUCUGGUGUACACAGGAACCUUCCCAGGGGAAGGUAGGCAAGCAAUUACUGUGAUUGUAAAAGCUUUGAGAACAAACACCCUGUAAAAGAGUCGGGGAGCCCCUGGGUGAAAUAUACCUGGAAAGGCUUCAUGAAGCCUUUUGAGCUGAGUUUGAAAGAAAUUAGGAAACAUUUUCAGCAGGAAAGUGUCCUGGAGAAAUCUGGAAAGACCAAAUUUGUUUGGCUGGAGAAAAGGAACUAUGGGGAUAUUAUUGAGAAGUGAGAUUUUUGCAGUGGCAGAAAGACAGAAACUCAGGUUUAGGGGCUUAGGGUUGAGAGACACAUUGUGAUGUGGAGGGGGGAAAAAAACCAGGAUUUGGAGUAGAAGAGGCAUGAAGCCAGAUAACUCCCCCAAAAAGUAUUGGCUUUCAAAAGCAUGCUAUUUACCAACUCUUAACUUCUACUUCCCCAAUUUAACUCUCUCAGAUGGAGAUAACAAUACCUAUAGACCUAUUUGCCUUCAUUAUUGUCAGGCUCAAACUAGAUCAUACCUGUAAAGCAACCUUCAAAAGCACUCAAUAAAUGUUAUCUAUUAUAAAGAAAAGAGAAGCCUACAAAUACCUGUGGAAACACGUCCAACUCUGCCUCUUCACCCUGACUUCCCUGUUGUCCAGUUGUAGCCCAGGGCCCCUUGGGGCAGAGUGAAAAUGACUAUAACAUCCUGACUUGCCCACAGUUCUUAAAAGAAAUUGACAGAGCCUGAGGUGCCGCUACUGGGGCAAACACAUAAACAAAACAUUCAUAAUUCAUUCAGAAAAUGUUUACCGAGCAUCUUCUGUGUAUUAGGAACUACAGCGUACUCAAUGCAUAUCUCACAUUAACAAGAAUGGACAAGCCUUUGUCCACCAGCCAAGAUCUCUGAGACUGUCUCUGCCUUAAAUCUCUCCUUGCUUUGUCCUCUCAAAUUCAGCUGCAAGAUUACUGUUUCUCAAGCACUGUCUUGAUGCAUUAUUUCUGUGACCGGAAGCUUCAUUAAUUCUCUAUUGCCCUUAUCAAAUGCAGGCUCAGCCCACCUUUCAGAGUUUGCCAUGACCUGGCUUCCUGCAUACUCCUAAAACUCCUAUUAAUCCCCCAUUCUGGAUCAUCUCCUCUGCUUGCUUUGCCCACUCCUGCAUCUAGAACAGUAUUUGAGGAGGGCAGCUAGAUGGCGCAGUGGAUAAAUCACCGGCCCUGGAUUCAGGAGAACCUGAGUUCAAAAUCCAGCUUCAGACACUUGACACUUACUAGCUGUGUGACCCUGGGCAAG